AUCACACUAAUUUAUCAAUAUAAUUCUCCACAACGUGGGAACAACAACCAAUCAAACUAACACAAUCAAGAAUUCUUCCACCAACCAAGAAAAAACUAAAUGCCCAAAUUCACAAACCAUUUUAAUGUCACACAAACCAAAACCCAAUGGAAAACAUGUUUAGCAACAGAUGGAUAGCAACAGUAGCAAGCAUAUGGAUUCAAGCAACAAUGGGCGGGUCUUACGCCUUUGGGGUAUAUUCCCCUGUGUUAAAAUCAUCCCAAUCUUAUGAUCAAUCUACACUUGAUACUGUUUCUGUUUUCAAAGAUAUUGGUGCAAAUGCAGGUGUUCUUUCUGGUCUUCUUUAUGCUGCUAGAGCUACCUCAUCUGGGUCUUGGAGAUGGAGGUGUUUUAAUGGACCUUGGGUUGUACUUGCUACUGGGGCUAUCCAAUGCUUUUUGGGUUACUUCUUUAUGUGGCUUGCUGUUGUUGGUGUUAUUCCUAGACCACCUGUGGGUAUUAUGUGUUUGUUUAUGUUCUUAGCUGCUCAUGCUCAGACUUUUUUUAGUACUGCUAAUGUUGUUACUGGUGUGCUCAAUUUUCCUGAUUAUAAUGGCACUAUUGUGGGGAUUCUCAAGGGCUUUCUGGGACUUACAGGAGCAAUCACAAUCCAAAUUUACCAAGCAUUUUUCAAGGGAAACCAGAGCACAUUCAUCCUAAUCCUAGCCUUAUUACCAAGCACAGUAACUUUCUCAGUCAUGUGUCUAGUAAAAAUAUGCCCAGAUAGCAAAUCCCAUGACAAAAUGUUCCUCAAUCGAUUCUCCAUGGUCGCCCUUACUCUAGCCGCGUUUCUCAUGAUCGUAAUCAUAUCUGAAAACCUCGUCGAAUUCCCACAAUAUGCACACUACAUCACAGUUGCAAUUCUUCUAUUCCUGCUCUCUUUACCUCUUCUAAUCGCUCUACAAGUCACAACCAAAGAAAAUUCCAACCAAAUUUGUGUCGAAAAAGACUCAUCACCUCAAAAUCUUUAUGCCGAGGCAGAAAAAAUCGGGUACAAAAAACUCCCUAGUACAUCAGAUGACAAUGAUCCAGACGAACAAAGCAUGGAUAUUGUAGACGCGACAAAAAGCCUAAACUUUUGGUUGUUGUUCAUCUCAAUGUCAUGUGGGAUGGGGUCAGGACUCGCAACCAUCAACAACAUGAGCCAAAUAGGGCAAUCUCUAGGCUACGAUAUAGUGAAGACUAAUACAUUGGUUUCCCUUUGGUCGAUAUGGAAUUUCUUAGGCCGGUUUGGAGCUGGUUAUUUGUCGGAUAUAUUGUUACGCCAAUAUUGUUAUGCGAGGCCAAUUAUGAUUGCUAUUACGCUAGCAACGAUGACUGCAGGACAUUUGAUUAUUUGUUUGGGCUUCGCGGGGAAUUUGUACAUAGGAACUAUCUUGGUAGGAAUCUGUUAUGGUGCUCAAUGGAGUCUUAUGCCUACUAUUACUGCUGAGAUUUUUGGUGUUAAACAUAUGGGUACAAUUUUUAACACUAUUGGUAUAGCUAGUCCUAUUGGGACUUAUAUACUAUCAGUUUGGGUAAUUGGGUAUGUUUAUGAUAAGGAAGCAAGGGGAAGUGAUGAUAAUACUUGUUAUGGUGUUCAUUGUUUUAUGUCAUCUUUCUUGAUUUUGGCUUGUGUUAGCUUUUUAGGGUUUCUUGUUGCUCUGACAUUGUUUUUUAGAACAAGGGUGUUUUAUAACUCUGUUGUUUUAAGAAGAUUGCAUAUUCUUUGAGAUUGUAAAGGUUAAUUGGAUGUAUCAGUCUUUUAACUUAUGAGCGGAAUACACUGAGUAUGGUGUAAGAAGAUUAUAUAUUCUUUGAAA